GACGGCACCGGGUCCGUGCAGGCAACGGGCAGCUCUCCAGCGUCCUGCUCCAGGCCUACCUGCCCGUGGUGGACUACCAGACCUGCUCCAGCUCGGCUUACUGGGGCUCCACCGUCAAGAACACCAUGGUCUGUGCCGGCGGCGACGGCGUGCGCUCCGGCUGCCAGGGCGAUUCGGGCGGUCCCCUCCACUGCGCCAUCAAUGGCCAGUACCAGGUGCACGGGGUCACCAGCUUCGUGUCCAGCCAGGGCUGCAACGUGGUCCAAAAGCCCACCGUGUUCACGCGCGUCUCCGCCUACAUCUCCUGGAUCAACAGC